AUGUGGUGUGCAGCUGAUGUUUUGCAAUCUGGUGGUAUUUGUGGAGAAGGCAGUGGUGGUGUUUGUGAUAACUCAACUGAUGUUUGUGGAGAAGGCAGUGGUGGUGUUUGUGAUGAAGGUAAUCCCACUGAUGUUGGUGUAGAAUGCAAUGGUGAUGGUUGCGAUGAAGGUAAUGUGACUGAUGUUGGAGUAGCAGGCAGUGGUGUGGGUUGUGAUGAAGAUUAUUUGGCUGAUGUGGGUGUACAAGGCAGUGUAUGUGUGUUGGAAACUUCUCCUGGGCUGACUAAGUAUUGGCGCCCAGUUUGUGCUGAUAGUGUGAAGCCUAUUGUGGGGCAACAAUUUGUUUCCUUGGAUGGUGCUGUUGUGUUUUAUAAACAAUAUGCUGGGACUGUUGGGUUUGAUUGUAGGCAGCACUCAAUUCGGAAAGAUAGGGAUGGUGUUGCUGUGGAGAAGCACGUAGUAUGUAACCGUCAGGGUUUUAAGCAGAGGGUUUCUAGGGUUGCUAAAACUACUUUGGCGAGGAGACGGAGGGUGACAAAUAGGGUUGGUUGUAAGGCUAAGGUUGUGAUAAAGCGUAAGUCUAAUGGGUUGUAUGUUGUGCAUUAUUUUGAGGAACGUCACACCCAUUCGAUGUGUUCAAUUAUUGCUAGGCAAUUUUUAAAGGUGAAUCGUAGUCUCGAUGCUGGGCACCAAAUGUUUAUUGCUAGUUGUGUUCGGGCAAAUAUUGGGUCUGUUCGGUCAUAUAGGCUGUUUAAAGAGAUUGUUGGUGAGUAUUCCAGUGUCGGGGCUACAGGUGUGGAUUUUAAGAAUUUCAAGCGUGACCUGAUGGCGUACAUUCUAAAUGGUGAUGCUCAAUUAUUCAUAGACACGCUAUUCAAGAGACGUGAGUUGUGUGAGGCAUUUGAUUUUGAAUAUGAUGUUGAUGAAGGUGAUCAGCUUUCAAGGGUUUUUUGGGCGGAUGCAGUAUCUAGGAAGAAUUUUGUGUUGUUUGGUGAUGUUGUUUCAUUUGAUGCUACAUACCAUACUAACAGGUAUAAGUUGGUGUUUGUUCCAUUUUCUGGAAUUGAUAACCAUAAGAGAUCCAUCACCUUCGGUGCUGGUUUGCUUACGAGGGAAGAUGUAGACUCAUAUGUGUGGCUUUUGGAGAAAUUUAAGAAAAUUAUGUGUCAUGACCCUAUAUGUGUUGUUACUGAUCAAGAUCUAGCUCUCAAGGUUGUUGUUGCUCGCGUGCUUGGUACAUCAAAACAUAGAUUUUGCAUGUGGCAUAUAAUGUGCAAGGUUGGUGAGAAGGUUGGACCAAUUCUAUCUAAAGAUGAAGUGUUUAGGAGGAAGUUGAAUGGCACUGUCUGGAACAAAUCACUGGACUCCAAGUCAUUUGAGGAGGCAUGGAGUUUUAUCAUGGAGGAAUAUGGUUUGGGUGACAAUGGUUGGUUUCGUUACUUGUUCGAGUCUCGUACAUAUUGGGCAUCCCCAUAUUUUCACGACGAGUUUAUGUCAGGACUGGUUAGGACAACGUCUCGAUCAGAGUCUCAAAAUAGUUUCUUUGGUACGUUCUCUAAUGGUCAUUCUAGUUUGGUUGAGUUCUUGGUGCAUUUUGGAAGUGCUGUUGGUGCACAGCGUCAUGCACAAGCAAAAUUGAAUGCUGAUUGUGAAUCUUGUUUUCCUGUUUUGAAGACACCAUUGGCUUUGGAGAAGCAUGCAAUGGAUGUUUACACCAUUUCUGUAUUUUAUGAUGUUCAAAUAGAGAUUUGUGCAGCUUGUUAUUCGUGUCAAGUGGUGUCUUUGUGUGAUUGUGAUGGCCAUGUGUUAUAUGGGAUAAAAGAUGGUGCCCAACGGGCAUGGUAUGUGGAGCUAGUCUUGUCUGAUUAUACUGCUACAUGUUCUUGCAAGAUGUUUGAGCGGACGGGGCUGUUGUGUAGGCAUAUUUUUUUUGUGUUUAAAGAUCGUGGGCUUGAGAGUAUUCCUUCUAGGUAUGUGGUGACUCGGUGGACAAAGGGUGCUUGUUUGAAGCCAAUAUUUCAUAUUGAUGAUACAAUUGUUGAUCAAUCUUCUAAAGUGGAGAAUGUUAGGAUUUUUACUAAUCUAUUGUGGUCUGACAUAUAUGCUUGUGUGGGCUUGGCCGAUGGUAAUAUAGAACGUUUGUCACAGCUACGACGUGUUAUUUGUGAGCAAAGGCAAUUAUUUCUGCAAGAGGGGAGUGAGGAUGGCAGUGGGGUGGUGGCUGGUGGCAGCAAACAAAGUGUGAUCAAUUCAUUUUGUGGAGAUGUGUCUCAGGGUUCAACAGUGGAGGUGCGUGAUCCUAUUCAAGCUAAGAACAAGGGUAGCGGUAAGCGGUUGAAGAGUACAAGGGAGAAAGCUGCUAGCAAGUGUGUAAAGCAAUCAAGGAAAUGCCAUACUUGUGAUGAAUAUGGUCAUAAUAGUAGGACAUGCCCUUUAAAUGGUUAG